AUGGAAGGUACGGUGGCGAAAAAACCGCGAGUUUGGAAUCCAGCAGUUGACACCGACGUCGUGAAGGAUAAAAUAGCUGCCGAACCGCACCAGUCAGCGAACGCGUCAAUCGACUUUGCACGGGCCCCUAAUCCAGCAAUUCCACUUCUAAUUCAGAACUACUUCCACCUAGCUCGAGUUCAACAACAGCGAGUUGUCGAAGAGGCAAUGCGGCGAGGUCUUAUGCAACCAUUUCCGCUCCCAACAAUGCCGCCAAUGUCUUCAAGGCACCCUACGGUCUCAGGAAUGCUUCCUCCUUCACACGCUAUGGGACCACUUCUUCCCUCCUCCACAAUUCCACCUACGCCACCGAAUUGCACCGUGAACCCGUUGGUGCAAUCCGCAUUGGGUGUAACUGUCGCCAGCGAGAACUGUUGCGCUGUUUGUGGUGCAGCGUUCCGACUUACGGCCGACCUCGUUCAGCACAUGCGAAAUAAUCAUCGAAGAACGCGAUUCAAGAGGAAGAACGAGAAAUCUUUUGUGUAA